UUCACCAUUAAUAUGAAUUCGAGUCAUCAUCCUCAACAUUCAUUUGAUGAUUAUGAAGUUCAGCUGAAUAGUCUUCGCCAAUAUUUGUUUGAUGAUGAUGAUGUUUUGUUGGAUAAUCCUCCCCAAAAUAUGUUUGAUGAUGAUGAAAUUCUGCUGGAGAAUUUUUUAAAAACUCCACCGCACAUCUCUCUUGAUGAAUGUCUUGCCGAUCCUACUAUAGGUGACAAUGUCUUCAAUUUCGACCAUGAAGACAAUGGCCUCCCUGAACAAAUCAUCAACCAACCAGAACCUGAUCACUAUAAAGUUCAUCCCACAACCAACAACAUUCCUUCAGAUCCUCCAAUGGCUGCAAAUGCAGACAUCCCACCGACAAUACAUAACUCCAUUGCCGCCAGCAUACCUUGCAAUGACCCCAGGACGACACACACCGGUGCCCCGAUUCUCGGCUUUGAUCCCCAUUCUUCAUACACCAUCACCCCCACAACACACAACAACGACCCUCUGCUCUGCUAUCACCCUUCUUCCUGCGCAGUCCCCACCACUGAAACAAAAACCAACUAUGACACUUCUUACAUCGACCCCUUCAUAGAAACCCGCUCAUUAGCAUCACACAUCACACCCACAAACACACAACUUUGCAUGACUACACAUAAGGUUCACUCUCUCCCCAACUCCCAACCACCACCACCAUCAGGUCUACCCAUGGCACCAAUUUAUGUCACAAAUCAGCUCAACCAAGUCAUAUCUCCUCCUCGUACAUAUCCAUCUUACUCACUAGGCCCGACUGUUCGCCAAAUGGCAAUGAAUUUACCAAGUUGUCAGGCCAUAAACCCAUUAACAUUAAAUCUCUGCUCUUUCAAUGAUACUACAAGUGCAUUUUGUGGGUUGCAUUAUAAUGAGGGCACCUGUGCUGGUUUUGGGUCAUUUCCUGAUGCAGGAAUGACGGUGAGACAGUCGGAGGCUGUGGAACCUUGCAACUUAGGAAUAUACUCGUUUGCACCCAUGCAGUCAGUCUAUCAUCCAAGAGAUUCACAGGUGUUAAGGGAUUGCAACCAAAGAAUGAGCGGCUGCAGCACGAGCACAGCUCCAUUAAAAGUGGUUGCUAAUGAUUUUUCAACAUCAAAGGAAUCAGGUUUAAAGGUUCCAAAGUUAACAUUAGAGGAGAGGAAGAAGAAGAUAAGUAGGCACAAGGAGAAGAGAAAUACCAGAAAUUUUAGCAAAAAGAUCACGUAUGAUUGCAGGAAGAAACAAGCAGAUAGCAGACAUCGAGUUCGAGGAAGGUUUGCAAGGAAUGAAGAAGUUCCGCAAGCGGCGUUGAGGCCACCAAGAUCUGCCGAUCAUUAA